UCAUGGGGCCUCCGGGCAAUAGGGGAUCAUGGGGCCCCUGUGCCUUUGCCCAAACUCAAAAAAGCCUAUGAAAAAAGGUACCAGGGGCAUCUCAGGGGGCCCCCUACUGACCCCGGGCCCUUGGGCAGUGCCCGAGUUUCCAAAUGGUCAGUCCGCCCCUGGUAAUCAGACAAGGUGUUCUAACCUGUUUAACCACAGCAAUCAUAAAAAAGGAUCAGGUCACCAUCAUCACUUGGAGACACACUGCUACUGAUGUCUACAGUGAUGGUGCUGCCACUGAAUUCUGGUGGACAAAGCCAUGUAGAAUUUUGAAGCCAAGCAGU